AUGAGCUCUCGACAGAAAAUACGGACACCUCUAACGGACCUGUUUGGUGUAAAGCAUCCUGUAAUGCUCGCUGGCAUGGGAGUUGCUGCAGGACCGAAGUUGGCAGCUGCGGUCACUAAUGCAGGUGGCAUCGGUGUCAUUGGAGGUCACGGAUACAGUCCAGACGGGCUUCGUGAACAAGUCAAGGAGCUCAAGUCGUACUUGAUUGACAAGAACGCACCUUUUGGCGUCGACAUUCUACUUCCUCAGGUGGGAGGUAACGCACGCAAGACAAAUUACGACUACACGAAAGGCAAACUGAUGGAACUCAUCGAUGUCGUCGUUGAGUCAAAAGCCCGCGUCUUCGUCUCUGCGGUUGGAGCGCCCCCAAGACAGGCGGUGGAGCGUCUCCAUGCCGCCGGAGUCUUGUACAUGAACAUGAUCGGGCAUCCCAAGCAUGUCCAAAAGUGUUUGGAUCUUGAUGUGGAUAUUUUGUGCGCCCAAGGAGGAGAAGCUGGUGGUCAUACUGGCGACAUUCCCUUUUCUGUGUUGAUUCCAGUCGUGGCAAAAUUGCUCAAAGGGAAAAAAAGUGCUUUGACCGGCGUUGAUGUUCAACUCGUGGCAGCUGGUGGUGUUUCCGGUGGCGAAAGCUUGGCUGCUGCUUUGAUGCUCGGCGCUUCCGGCGUCUGGGUUGGAACGAGGUUCAUUGUUGCCCAUGAAGCGGGAGCAUCCAAAGCUCACCAAGAGGCGGUCUUAACUGCGACUGUUGACGACACUAUCAGGAGUAUUAUAUUCUCGGGACGCCCUUUACGGAUACGCAAAACUCCAUAUAUCCUCAACUGGGAAGAGAAUCGGCAGCAGGAGAUCAAAGCUCUAACUGGAAAAGGCAUUCUCCCAGUCCAAAACGAUGCAGAGGAGCAUCCAGAUGAUGAAGAGGUUCUAGACAAUCUACACCCGUAUCUCAUGGGCAUUGUGGCUGGCACGGUGAACCACAGAAGUAGCGCAAGGGAAAUUGUGGAUGAGUUCGUGGACGGUGCAGUAGAAAAACUCCGGUUGGGGAGUGUUAUGCUUGUCAAUGGGUCGAAGCUAUGA